UCACGUGGGAGGAGAUGAGCUACUUGAAGACCAAUUAGAGUCCGGGAAGCGCGGCGGGGCCUCCAGACCGGGGCGGGCUUAAGGGUGACAUCUGCGCUUUAAAGGGUCCGGGUCAGCUGACUCCCGACUCUGUGAAGUCUAGCUGCCAGGGUCGCGGCAGCUGCGGGGAGAGAUGACUGGGGAGCGACCCAGCACGGCGCUCCCGGACAGACGCUGGGGGCCGCGGAUUCUGGGCUUCUGGGGAGGCUGUAGGGUUUGGGUGUUUGCCGCGAUCUUCCUGCUGCUGUCUCUGGCAGCCUCCUGGUCCAAGGCUGAGAACGACUUCGGUCUGGUGCAGCCGCUGGUGACCAUGGAGCAACUGCUUUGGGUGAGCGGGAGACAGAUCGGCUCAGUGGACACCUUCCGCAUCCCGCUCAUCACAGCCACUCCGCGGGGCACUCUUCUCGCCUUUGCUGAGGCGAGGAAAAUGUCCUCAUCCGAUGAGGGGGCCAAGUUCAUCGCCCUGCGGAGGUCCAUGGACCAGGGCAGCACAUGGUCUCCUACAGCGUUCAUUGUCAAUGAUGGGGAUGUCCCCGAUGGGCUGAACCUUGGGGCAGUAGUGAGCGAUGUUGAGACAGGAGUAGUAUUUCUUUUCUACUCCCUUUGUGCUCACAAGGCCGGCUGCCAGGUGGCCUCUACCAUGUUGGUAUGGAGCAAGGAUGAUGGUGUUUCCUGGAGCACACCCCGGAAUCUCUCCCUGGAUAUUGGCACUGAAGUGUUUGCCCCUGGACCGGGCUCUGGUAUUCAGAAACAGCGGGAGCCACGGAAGGGCCGCCUCAUCGUGUGUGGCCAUGGGACGCUGGAGCGGGACGGAGUCUUCUGUCUCCUCAGCGAUGAUCAUGGUGCCUCCUGGCGCUACGGAAGUGGGGUCAGUGGCAUCCCCUACGGUCAGCCCAAGCAGGAAAAUGAUUUCAAUCCUGAUGAAUGCCAGCCCUAUGAGCUCCCAGAUGGCUCAGUCGUCAUCAAUGCCCGAAACCAGAACAACUACCACUGCCACUGCCGAAUUGUCCUCCGCAGCUAUGAUGCCUGUGAUACACUAAGGCCCCGUGAUGUGACCUUCGACCCUGAGCUCGUGGACCCUGUGGUAGCUGCAGGAGCUGUAGUCACCAGCUCCGGCAUUGUCUUCUUCUCCAACCCAGCACAUCCAGAGUUCCGAGUGAACCUGACCCUGCGAUGGAGCUUCAGCAAUGGUACCUCAUGGCGGAAAGAGACAGUCCAGCUAUGGCCAGGCCCCAGUGGCUAUUCAUCCCUGGCAACCCUGGAGGGCAGCAUGGAUGGAGAGGAGCAGGCCCCCCAGCUCUACGUCCUGUAUGAGAAAGGCCGGAACCACUACACAGAGAGCAUCUCCGUGGCCAAAAUCAGUGUCUAUGGGACACUCUGAGCUGUGCCACUGCCACAGGGGUAUUCUGCCUUCAGGACUCUGCCUUCAGGAACACGGGUCUGUAGAGGGUCUGCUGGAGAUGCCUGAGAGACAGUUCCAUCUUCCUUUAGACUCCAGCCUUGGCAAAAUCACCUUCCCUUUACCAGGGAAAUCACUUCCUUUAGGACUGAAAGCUAGGCGUCCUCUCCCACAAAAAAGUCCUGCCCUCAUCUGAGAAUACUGUCUUCCCAUAUGGCUAAGUGUGGCCCCACCACCCUCUCUGCCCUCCUGGGACAUUGAUUGGUCCUGUCUUGGGCAGGGCUAGUGAGCUGUAGAAUUGAAUCAAUGUGAACUCAGGGAACUGGGGAAGGCUGAGCCUCCUCUUUGGUGUUGCGGUAAGAUAACCGACAGGGCUGGUGAAAGUCCCCAGAUGGCAGGAUAUUUGGUUUCAGAGUAAGGACUAGGUGCACCACCACGACUGAUUAUCAAUCAAAAUGUUUGUAUCUUAAAAUUUUUAAUGAAGGAUAAUGAAUAUUUGUAGAAUCUCUAUGGUUCUGUCAAUACACAUCUUCAUGUCUGUUUUCCUCA